AUGGUUUGGGGCAAGACGCUUCCUUCCGGGCGCGAACGUGCCAUUGAGACGCUGAUUGACAUGGAACCUCAAGGUUCGUUUUAUCGGGCGACUCGGGUAUUGGAGGAAUCUGUGCCACAAACACUUUCGCAUAGAGCAAAUUUGGUAACAAAAGCAACCUUGGUAGAACAGGCUUAUGGGUUAGCCAAGCAUGAAAUCGAUCAGACCUCGAAAUACGAUCAAGUUUUUGGAUCCAACGAAGCUCCCCCCACUUCCAAGCCCACUUCGACCGAGAAAAAGCAACGAAUUCUGAGGCACCACGAGAAGAUUCUAGCAGCCAAACGAGGUCUGUACAAACCAAAUAUUACCCCUUCGCCUCAAUUGGUAGCGGCUCUGAGACAUGUUUAUGGAGAGGGAGAGUCAUCGACUACACUUAGAACACUACUUCAGUCGUUGAUGGAUCACCCAGCAUUUGCAAAAGUAAACGACAAUACUGAAGAAGAGCCGACGCACCAUGGGCCGUAUCAAUUGGAGUCCCUUAUUGCGGGAAUUUGUGAAAGCAAGGGUGAUUCGUCUCCCCUCCAUCGAUCUUUGAUUUCUGUUCUUUCUGUUUUGACUUCUUUUGAAUCCGAUGAAGCUGACAAAGAGUCAGACCCGUCUUACUUUCCAACACUUCAAGUAGGUGGUUUGUUAUCGGUUAUAAAUCCAGGUGGCAGUGAUGCUAAUUCUUGGGCGAUUGAUGAAGAAGCGCUCUCUUUUUUCGGAAAAGCGGCUUCGGCGUACGAAGAACGAAUUGAGAUUCAAAAGUCUAGAAUGAUGGCCCGUCUCGAUGGUGAGAGAAAUAAAGAAACUCCGGGUGCACGUUCACAGCAACAGACACCGGGAAGCACCAACCCCGCUAUGACUCCGACUGCGGGAACACCACAACCUACAUCGACUCCGGAUGCCGUUGCCAUUCCAGAAGAUGCAGAAGAUUUGAAUGCAGCAGCUGCAGCUUUGAGUGCUGCUAUUUUUGAACAAAUUGCUUCUGCUGUUGCUGGAGAAGAUACGUCGUCCAAUGAGGGUGAUGGCGAUUCGUUCGUCAGUGAUAGCGACGGAGAAUCGGACUUUGAAGGGGAAGGGCGCCAAGCGGCGAAUAAUGUGUCGUCCUCCUCUUCUUCAUCCAGUUCCGCGGGGGAACCAGGCGACAACGAAAGCGACGACGAAGAUAUGAUAUUGCGACAGGCGUUGGCAAUGAGUCUAGCAGAACAAGCGCAAGGACUGGAAGGUGGAACAUCAACCUCGGAGAACACCCCAGCUACUCCUUCUGGGCCCGUUACGCCGACGAAUAAUAUCUCUACACCUGCUAAACCUUACGAACCAGAGAAGAGCGACAGCCCUCUACCACCACUUCCGACAGCACCCAUGGAGUAUCCGUACUCUGAUUUGCUACAGCCUCUUGGGGGUUCUGUCACAUCAAAGAGCCCCUAUUUUGAUCCAACUGCCAUUAACCACUUUGGAACAUUACCGUUACCCCAUAUCCUUAUCCACUUGCUACGCUACACGCUUGAAAGUAUUGAAGAACGAAAAUUUCAAGCUGCCGAAGACACCUUGGAUUUGAAAACUCCAAAAGCAACCGUGACUGGGAGUAUUGGUUCCCAUUUGUUUCCCGCCAGCAAUGUUAUGUUGAAACCCCACAAAUCAUUGAAGGAAAACCCUGGCAGUGUUGCCACAUCCUUACAGUUGCUUGUAGCACUGUUUCUGUUGGUCUCGGAAAGGAGAAAUGAUGCCAUUGAGAACCUCAAGAAAGCUUGGAAGAAGGAAAGCACUUUCACCCAAGAGAAUGAUAUUGGCGAAUCGGAGCUCGACGACGAAGAUGCGAAUGCAGCUUCACCUGAGGGAGAUGACCCUGCUGUUGCAAUGGCGCUUCAUUAUGUUGACGAAGAAACCAAGGAUUCAUUGGAAUCAAAGGGUAUGCCAAGAAAAGCUGCCGCUGCAGCCCACGACAAUGCCUCACUACUGAAAUCCUUGCGUGGCCGGACAAAUGGUUGGAAACUGAAAGUCAAGUUGUUUUCACAGUGUACACUUUUGUCAAUGAGAUGUAUAAGAUUUUUCUUGCAGAGUGUUGUUCGGAGAUGGCUGAACGAACGCCAAGGAAUAUCCGCCUUGGAUUGUUUCCAUCUGUUACCAACAGGAGUUUUAAAGAAGCUUUCCAUGGGGUUGCAAUCUCUAGCUUCGAUUACCCAGUACAAAACACUUUGCACUUUACUGAAGGACAAAAUGAAGGAUGUAGAAGAAGUGUUUAUGCCUUUGACAUUGUACAGAGAUUCAUCUUUGACAUGGGGUGAAUGCGUUCCGAUUUUGUGUCCAACCGUAUCAUCACAGAUUGAAGUGCUAAAGGCUCUUCUUAGCGGUUGCUCCAGGAAAUCAGAAUCUGCACAGGCUUAUCCUGUUGACGAGAUCUCUUCGUUUCCAACAUCCGACUACGAGCAGCAAUUUCACAAACUACACUUGUUUUGUCGACGAUUAAGAGUGGCGGAUCUCUUGGAUCAUUAUGUAUCCCUGCCAGCUUGUUACAUCCCUGCACCAGAUGAUGAGACGGCUGUUGAUGCCGACAUGGAUGUGGCCAAAGAGCCAAACUGUGCUUGCACUCUCAUCGAGUUGAUCUCUUCCUCUUCCAAAUCACUUGGAGGAAUUACCGGGGAGCUGCAGUCUUUCUUUCUUGCGCUGUGCCACAGAUAUCACACAAGAGUUCUGUUGUGGGAUGGGCUGUUCACAUCGACGGAGCCUGAAUCGGACGAUAUCUUACCUUCAUCAACACCAGCGAAUGGAGACAUUGUACGCGUUGCAUCCUCCCCUACUAGCAACCUACAAUUCGAUGCUACCAAAUGUUCGGAUUCGAUGGCCAUAAUCAGUCUAGAAUCAUCAGGCUCGGCUAGCGGAUCUUCGGUCCAUCAAAGGGCCUCAAAGGUUUGGGGUACAGUUCUUUCAUCAACAAGUUAUUCUCCGAAAACAGGGGUCUAUCGGUGGGCAGUUAAGCUUGAUAAGUGUGAGCGGGGCCAUGUAUUUGUGGGAGUUGCAACUUCUCAAGCUAGUAUGAGGACGUAUGUUGGAGGCGACAAGUAUGGCUGGGGUAUGAUUGGAACGCAAGCUUUAUGGCAUGACCGACGAAAAAUUCGGGGUGAUUAUGGCGCUACAUUCCGCACAGGGUCGACGAUCAUUGUUACGUUGGAUACUGAUGCAGGAACUUUGGGCUUUAGUUCUUGGAAAGACACAAAUUCAUCAAACUCUUUCUCUUUGGAUCCACUCGUCCAGAAUCUUGCUUCUCCAAGACGGCAAGGUCAUGUGGGAGGUGCAAUUGAGGAAUGGGGUAUUGCAUUUGAGGGGCUUCCGUUAGAUUCUCGUUUGUACCCUGCUGUUGGGCUAUAUCAAAGAGAUGACCGUGUGACAAUUCUCACGGUAGAAAGUGGCGGAAGAUCGGGAAGAAAGGAUAACGGAACUGAUCUAUUGGGAGGAAUGUGCUACUAUCCUCCCCCAGGCGUGGUAGAGUCUUCGGCAGAAUUGGGCGCAAAAGCAGAGCAAGUUCGAAAUUUCAACGAGAAGCUGUCGUGGGAUGGAGUACUUUAUGCAAAGCAUUCUUUACAGCACAUUCUCCAGGGAAUCAAGGAGUCAAAUGAUGAAUUCCUUUGGGAAUCUUUAAUGCCAAGUUUGGCCAGUGCGUUGUGCUUGAUGCCACCGUCCAUUCCUUUGCUCUCGGAAAGAAGUGCACUUGCAUUGAUGCCUGAGUUGACGAAAUGUGUUCUUGAAAUAGAACAACACGGCGGCGAUCAUUCGGUGAUCCGGAGCCUUUUCCCCUCUCGACUGUGUGGUGGUAAAUGGGUCAUUCGGGCUACUGGGACUACAGGAAAUGGUUCAGAUUCGGAAGAGUAUGUCGUUGACCUUUCUCCAUCGACUGGUAAAAACAGUUCUGUUCUUGGAUUCGAGGGGCGUGGCGUCGGAACCACUGGCAAAUCAAAAAACGGGUUGGUGUCCAUUUUUGGUACAAUUAUAGGAUCUUCCAUUCAUUUUGUUGAAGAGUGGACCGAUGCUGGUGAUGAAAGUUUUACCAACGUAUCCUCCGAUGACAGCUCCUCUUCAUGUGUCAUUGCUGCAAGAUUAAGCCUUGACGGAUCGAGGUUUGAGGGGAGCUACCGCAAUGUCCAAUUCGGCACUGCUGGAAAGAUUGCAGGUUUUCGCUCAGCUUCGGGUCAUCCGCUUGCUCAGAGUCUUCCGAAGCAUUCUCCUUUAAAUAAGGAAGAGAGCAUCGAAAGUGCAUCUACGUCUGGUGAAGCGCUUCUUUGCCUUGCUCACAGCCACUUGAGUAACCUUGUGAGUGAUGAUACUGCGGGAGAUCAAUUGCAGCAGGACGUUGGCGAAACAGAAUUGUCACGCGACACAAGUUUACGUCACCAAAGUUUAAGGGGGUGCCUUUCUCUCCCUUUGUUGUCCAAAAUGGCCACUGGCCAAGACAAGAAUGCUCUCCAAAUUCACGCGAACGAUCUCCAGAAGUUCUAUGCACCCUCUGCACUGAACGCGCAAGUUUCACCGGCGAUCUCUAUGCACGACAGUCUUCUUGCUGAUUUACCAGCAGAUGAUGGUGGCUUUCGGUAUCAUGGAUUCUCUGAUGAUAUUUCGAAGGUGGUUGAUCAGGUCGACAAUAGAGUAUGCGCUAUAUCUGGAGGUCGUGGUUCGCUUUCUGCACUUUGUCCAACCGGAUACAGCUCAGCAAGACGUCGCUUAAUUUGCGCUUUCGUCCACCACACUGGACUGGAACAGCAAUUGAAGCAUGCAUCUGGCCAUGAUGAUGUCCCUGAAGAACUUGUCGCAGUUUGGAGAUUUGCCCUUCAAAUGAUGGAAGAUGGGUUGCGUCACGCUCUUGCUUUGAAGUCUAGUCCGUCGUCUCGUGAGACUGCUGCAGAGACUUGCAGCUUGUACGAGUCGAUCGCAUCUUUCUUUAUCAAUUAUGAGGUCCCCCUUCACCAACCGGUUAACACCACAAUGGCUGCUAGUGAUUUUUCGCACAUUUUUCGAGUGGUUGUUGGCACCGAUGACUUGGAUUUUCUUGCAGCAGAGCUGUCACGGUCAUCGAAACGUGCACUUUUAAGGUUGGCAUCUCUAAAGGAGCUCCAGAAUCUACUAUCUUCUGAACAUGGUGUUCAAAGCCCAACCUCAAUUGAAGCUUUGACAGUUGCUUUGCCAAAAAUCUUGGGUCGUAAAACGUCUCCAGACACCGGGAAAAAGUCGCAGAGCUCACCCUCGAGUGAGAAUGGCCUUGGUGUACACUACACGGACGGUCUCGCAGGUGUUCCUGGACUUCUUCGAUACACCCUCCAAGAAAAAGUGCAUGAUUUGAUGAAGUCACUGUCGUUUUCAAUGAAACGAGUCAUUGAGUUGAGAGCAAAAACCACGCAGCCCGAAUCGCUUCUAUGCAUUGACUCCAUGAUUUUGGCGGUCCUUUCUUGUUUCACGUGUGCAAUGAAACAUCAAGACCUUGAACUUGUUCUGACUGAUACAGGAUUGCUUUCUCUUCUUCCACAAAUCUUAGAUCAGCACCAUCGUGCUAUUUUGGGACCUACUUUCGGGAUCAAAAGUGAAGAACAAGAUGCUUGUCUUGUCGAGAGCCUAGAAGGGAUCUGUCAGCGAGAAACUUCUCGAUCGAUUCUUCGUGCGGUUGUUGCCUUGAUUCAUGUUGUUGUCUACCAAACAAGUGCUUCAUCGAACAGAGGAAUCAAUGGCUGGGAAGGUCUACUAUCGAAAUGUUCGAAUACAGUGCUGGGUGAAAUUUCAAUCUUGCUUCCUCGCAUUCGAAGUGCAUACAGCGAGAUGAUUACUGAACACCGUUCUCACCUUGAGUCCAGCCAGUGGGAAGAGUGGUCUGAUAUCGUGACAACUACGAAAAUGAAGAAGAAAGAGGCUCGCAAGAAUAUGCCACCAACUCAACAAGUUGGUGUUUCUGGAUUGAGAUUUUUGGAUGCACACGGGCUGUAUCAGUCGAAUGUUCCACAAUCGACAUCACAAAGGCCAUCACGAAGUCGAGGGGGACAAUCGAUAAAUUCGUCAAACGUUCAGGAUACGGUGCUAAAAUUUCAAAGCAACUUCUGCCACCAGUUUUUGUCCCAGUGGCUGCAUAUUGUCGUCUGUCUGGGCAAGUCAGAGCAUUGUCGAAAAAUUGUUUUGCAAGACCAUCGAUGGCUGACGUUGCUUCUUGGAGCAAUUGGUUUGGUUGUUGAAUAUGACCAAAAUGGAAAAAUCUCCUCCACAAAGGACCCAGAAUCAAGUAACUCACUUCCAGGAAGAUACAAAACUCGACUUCUUCGGUUGAUGUUUCCUCUACUUGUAAACUCCGAACCAUCUACAGCCUUGAUCCGCGGCCUCUUCUCUAUUGCUGGUCGUUCAUCAGCCCUUAUGUCCAAGAGUAUUGACGAAGAUGAAAAAGGUGUAACAUGCGAAGUUGUAUCUCUUUUGAGACAUCUUCAUGCAACAAAUCAAAUGGAUUGGAGGUCGAAUGUCAACACCUCCAUAGCAAGAAUUUUGCAAUCACAAGAGAGUUCUGAUACUAUGGAAAGGUUAGGCGUCUUUUGUUUUUUCAACGGAGGCUUCGAUGCCAUUAGCAGAGGCUCGUAUGUUCUUCUCAAACCUGCAUCAGCAACACCUCUUUCAGUGCAUCACCAAGGUAGUAGUAAUAGCAAGGGCCACUCAAACUCUUCCUCAGGCUUUCCUGGAUUGAGUUCAACACCACAUCACAUCGUGGGAAAUGGGACUGAAGGAAUUGUCGCAGGACUUUGCAGAGAAGAAGCGUCCGGUGGGAUAGUCAGUAGUAUCGAUGUGAAGAAUGGUAUAUGCGAAGUGGUGCUUCUUAACAGGAAGUUAGAGUCUAAUACUGACGGAGACGUCGAAGAACCGAGUCUCCGAAGAACCCCAGCUGUUAGUGCUUCUGUGAAAUCAAACGGGUCCCGCCAUUCACUAACAGUUCGGGCGCUGAGAAGCCCGCUGCGAGAUGUUGUUCAGGCAUUAGAGGUCCCAUUAUUUUUGGAUGACUCAAUUCCAACGGAGAAACUUCUAAACGUCCACUUACCAGCUGCAAUAAAAACGUGGGAGAGCCUUGGCUUGAGGGAUUCAGGUGAAGCGAAAAGAGAAGCGGAGCCUUUAGAUGCUAGUCCUCGCGCUGUAGUGUCUGCAUUUAACGACAUGAACUCGGACGUUGUUCGGUUCACUGAGGCUGUAAUGACCAUCAGAGCUGCAGCUACACUACUCUGCGACGAAAAGAUGGUGCUUCCUUUCCUUAAAAAUCCUGGUGCAAAGUAUAUUCUUUCGAAAAUUCUGAAACUGGCUUGCCCUGGUCAGUCUGUCCCCAGCAGUGGUGACCACAGAUGCUUAUCGUCGCUUCCUUCUCAUGAGACACGAUUUGUUCACUUGAUCUCGCUGCAUCGCAGCUUAGAUUUCAGAGCAAAAGCCACACUUGAAACUUCGGAGGAAGAAUGGAAAUCGCGGAUGAAAGAACUCGAGAAAAAGAAAGAAGCGAUUGCAUCAGACCUUGAAAAAGCCGCUAGCGAGCCUGGUGUCAACGACGAAAACAUUGCUCUGGCGGACUUAAGUGGAGCAGCAGCCUCUUCAACAAGUGGUCAAAGCGGUUCAUCUGAACGAGCUACAUCGCAGGAUGCCGAUUCUGCACAAAGCGGGGCCUUCUCGCAAACAAAUACUGGCAGCGACAACAGCGAAGGUGAAGAUGAUAGUGAAGCAGCGGCUACAGCUGCGGCCCAUCUUCGUGAGGCUGCGAUCGCCCAGAUGGCAGAACUUGGUCUUCCACGUUCAUGGUCUGAACUCGCUUUGAGGAGAACCGGUGGCACAAAUAUAGAAGCAGCUGUACAUUUCUGUCUGGAGCGCGGCGGAGAUAUGGAGAGGCUCGUCGCUGAAGAAAGAGAACGAGCCCAGAGACAAUCCGGGGCCUCGCUAGGACGUCGUAGAGCUAGUCGUGCAGAGCAGUCGACGCAGCUUCUUCAGCAGUUGAUGGAAAUGGGAUUUCCUAGCCGAUGGUGUGCUGAGGCACUUGCUGCCACUGGGAACAAUGUAGAUGAGGCACUCACAUGGAUUUUGUCUAAUGGUGAGCGCUUAAGUGCAGAAGACGAGGGCAUGGAAGACGGUGACGAAGAUGAUGAUAUUGACGACGAAGAUGAAGGUGCCGGCAGCCAUGAUGGUGAUGAAUCUGCCGAUGCCCAGGGUGCAACGAACUCUAAGGCUAGAGAAGACGAGGUCGCGAGCCAAAGCUCACCUACAGUGGCAGGAACCGACGAAGAUGACACUGCAGUGUGGAAAGGUUCAAUUAUUCCACUUCGCUUCAUAUCUGGAAGAUCAAUAAUCAAUCCGAAAACCCUUGCAAUUUCAGGUCUUCCAACAGGGGGGUUCUCUUCUGUUGGAACCAAAGGCGUAAUGCUGACAUCAGGGAAAUGGUACUAUGAAGCAAUACUUGAGACUGCAGGGUGCUUUCAGAUUGGCUGGGCUGAUGGGAGCUUUUCGGGUCACUGUCAUGCUGAUCGCGGUGACGGUUGUGGCGAUGGUCCCAGCUCUUGGGCUUAUGAUGGAUGGCGAAGAUAUCGCUGGCAUGCAACCGCCACAGAGUGGGGUUGCCGCUGGAAAGAAGGUGACGUAGUUGGCUGCCUUGUGGAUAUGGACAAAAAUGUCAUGUCAUUUACUUUGAACGGUCGAGCGGAAGAAAUCGGGAUGGGAGUUGCAUUCUCUGGAGAGGGAUUUCGACCUUGUGGAGGUGUGUAUGCAUGCGUCAGUUUCAACCGAAAAGAAAAGUUGCGGCUGAUUCUUGGUGGCAGAGGUAGCGAACCUUUCAAGCACAAACCUCCAGCUGGAUACAGUGGUGUUGGUGAUGCCGUACUGGACGCUGUCACGGAACGCGAAGCCUUAGUCGCAAAGGAGGCUAUUUUGGAUCUCGACCUUACCAUUCCAACAUCUGAAGAACAAGAGGAAGGGUCUCAGCCGGAAGAGGCGAAGCGAUUUCUAUGUGACUUCUCCGAUGGGGAGCAUGGGCAUGAAUUGAUGGCAUGGGCUCAUCGAUAUUAUGGAUCAGAUGCAUCGGUACACCUAGGAUCAAGCCGUAUGAAAUCGAGUGGUGUUGUCAAGCCGUCUUCGUCCUUGCAUGCAUCACAAGGACCAUCUGUUUGUUUGGAUCGUCGCCUUGCCAAACUAUGGAAGGAAUACCCUUCGUCACAAUCUACGGAAAAUGUUGACAUUUCAAUCUUUGGCGAAAUUGCGAAGAGCCACAUUGCUGUAGGGAAGAGCGUACAUAAACAACUUUCUCAAGAGUUUGUCAACGUGGGCUCGCUAUUUUCUCGCAAAUUGCUUCUGCACAUCUUAGUUGCUAUGGGUGACAAGUUUGACCCAAAUUGCUAUUUUGAAUUGGAAGCCGGCGGUGCAGAGGGUUCGCUACGGCUUUGGAUGCUUCUAGAAGAAAGCGCCAGUCUCCGCUCAGCAGGUUGGGUUGGAGAAGCUGGAGCAAUGGCCAUCGCGGCAGAAGCACUUGGUCUUGGGAUCUCAAGUAAUGACGCCUCGCAAUCUCGUCAUUCGGGUAGUGGCAAAGCAGGUCUUACCUCUGUUGCUGACUUGGAUGAUGAUGUCGUUCUCCCUUCAACUGGUGCCACCCAGUUGCUCAGUACGUUGCUAGAAUGGAAGCAAGAGUCCGGCGCCUAUUCACCUGGUGGAACAUUAGUUGCCUCUGCAGAAGCUGUGCUUUGUAGCGGUGGUGGAAGCGGUAUUCUCGCUUUCUUGCAAAAGGGGCUUGUUGGGGCUGUUUGCAAGUCACCUGAUCUGCGCCGUGUAAUUAUAGCCUCAAUCCGUCGAUCUGUUCGGCGCUUGGCUGUUGUCGAGUACGACGGCGAUGACGCAUCGGACGAGAAUCCAGAUGAAGACGUAGAAGUUGAAGUUGAAAAAGACACACCAAGUGACAAGCAGUCUGAAGCAGCUGAGAACGAUAUGGAUCCUCAACCUGAUGCACGACUUGUUUGCUUCAUGACAGGUCUUUUGCUCACUCCACAGGUUCAGAAUUGUGUCGAUGAUUUCGACGAAAUAAUGUCGGAACUUUUCGAAGCUUGGAGUGUCGGUAUGCUCUCUGCUUCACUACCAUGGCGAAUGAUCUGCGCAUUCACCACCGCUGGAAUCUUGAAUGGAUGCCCGCUUGCUCUCAAAAGAGUUGUAGAGGCUGUGCCUACAUUGUGUCGCUUCUACGGGCGCCUAGAAAGCACUGUUUCGCGGCGUGUAUGGGCAGAAAGAGCAUCCACCCCGGUGUGUUCGCGCUACGUUCAGGCAAUGAUGGAGCUAUUAUGCAGCGUCAAGAGAGCAGUAGGACUAUCGGAGAUGCCUGUUGAAUUUAUGAGACAUUGGAACACAUAUUCCGUCGAUGCAGCAACUCCUCUGCCUCUAGGAACAAGUGACAUACAGGAAGGUGAUUCUAGUUGGGAAUCUCAAGACAACUGGAUAUCCAGUGAUGAUGGUUGGGAAAUUCUUUCCGGUACUGUUAAGAUGUUUGCUGUCGACUGGAAAGUUCCCACCCGUUCCGCUGUUAGAACGUUGAUGGACGGUGGAGAUGGUCCUCCCAUGCUAAGAGAAGGUUGUUUUGUCAUGCGAGGCCUAGACUGGGAAGAGAGAUCAGAUUGUGGAAACGAGGAUGGCAAAGACCACUACGAAGAAGAAAAGUCAAAGCGCGAAGAGGAGAAGCAGCGUUCCGAAGAAAGUAGAGCAAAAGAACAUUCGGUGUCCAAUUUAGAUUCAAAGGACGACACUCAGGUAGAGUCUAAAACAGAUUCUGACGACAAUGGCGAAGUGGAUCCUGCUGGAGCUGCGCACGCACCCUCUGAAUCGCAGGACAAGAGCGACGAAGAUUCACCUACCAAGAAAAAGAAGAAAAUUCCGAAUCCGAAACUCCCUCUAGGAACAGUUCUCUCCAUAGAAGACUGGGACGGUUUGCCAGGUUUGGCAAGGAGAGUGCGGUGGCACCUAACUGGAAAGGAGGGCAUUUAUCGUUAUGGGGGAGAUGGUGGACGCUAUGACAUCAGCCACGUUGAAGUCAACGACAAAGCAACUCGUGUCAGGAAGCGACACCCACUACCAGAAAGUGCAGAGCAAUGUGCAGCAAGGCGUGGCUUCGGCGUAGAAAAGAGUUACAGUGUGUUGCUUCGGCUGAGAAAUACAGGGCGAGAGACACUUUCGGAGGACGGGAUUGAAACACGUCAUAGUGGUGUCCUGGAAUGGCCUGACUUUGGGGCAGGUGUUCUUGUUGAUUGCACUUUCCAUUCAGAUGGAUCUGUGACUGUCUGUGAGAAAAAGCUGCUUUUCGGUUCUAAAGAUUCCGGCUGGGAGGCUCGAUUUGGGCAGCCAUCUUUCAAGUUGGGUACAACUUUUGUGUUGAGUCCAACUGGAUCGUCUUCACCAAAACGUCGAAUUGAUUUGGAUGUGAACUCGCCAGACGCAUCUCUAUUCGAGGAACUCGUUGGAAGUUCGACUUUACUGGUUGAAACAUUACGAAACCGCGACGAUGGAAAUAAGGUACAACUGGCCAGUGAAAUGCGUAUUUUGCGUGGGCAACAAUUCAAGCAAAAGGGAAAAGCGAAAUUGACGGGAAGUCAGGCACCAAUGCCACCGCCAAUUCGAUUUGACACUGAAAAUCACGCAUCUUCUCUUGCAUUAUCUAAGGAUGGUCGAACCGUGUCCUGUGUUUCAUCUGCAGGGCGUGGGAUUGCAUUUGCUUCUUCUGGAUUUACGAAGGGUGUACACUACUGGGAAGUCAAACUCGAACAAGCUGAUAUUGGGAGUGUGUUUAUAGGCGUUGCUGAGAAACCAAAUGGAAGCGGCUCUGGCUCUUCUUCCGGAUACGAUGAUGAAACCCGUUUGAACCGUUGGCAUGGAUGGGGCUUUGUGAACUUCCGGGCGACUUACACAGCCGGAGCGGAGCGUAUAUAUGGAGCUCAUUGUCACGCUGGUGAUACUGUUGGGGUCCUGUUGGAUUGUGACGCUGGAAGACUCUCGUUCUUCUUUGAUGGCUUGAAAUAUGGUGAACAUAUCCUCAAUGAUCUUGGAUGUGCUUUCGAAACCAUCUCUCCGUUUGGAUUCAACGUAGAUGGUUGUGGUAGUGGAGGAGCUGCUCAAGGAGCGCCGAGUGGUUCAGAAGGUGGACGUAGUGGGCGGCAUCCAGCGCAGGGGGCAGUGCGGCCACGUGCAUUGUGGCCUGUUAUCGGUCUGCGAAAUCAUGGGGACAGGGUGACAAUGUCACCAAAAUGGAUGUCAAGCUAUGGAGUCGACGGGUUUUCUACAGUCCGUAAUGCUGUUGCUGUCGACGAGAUCUUUCACUGGUACUCUUCAGGGUCUACCGAUAUUGAAGAUAUGCCGAAGUGGUUCCUCAAAGAGGCCUUUGCUGAAUAUAAUCGAUGGGCGUCUAAGAAAUGGUACCACACUGUUACAAGAGGCAGUGGGUUGUAUCGGGUAUCGAACAUCGGUCUAGACCUUGAUCUAGACUCUAGCCCACUAGCUUGUGCUUGCGCAAGUGCCUUGCUUGGUCUGAAACUUCCCCUGCUUUCAGGCGACAAAGUCAAGUUGAAGCGUAGUGCAGGGCGCAUUCUCGAGCUUGCUGAAGAGGCGAUUGUGCUUGGUGCGUUUCAAGGAAGACUCUAUUAUCGCAUUGUCUCCCAGAAGAGUGAAGGCGGGAGCUUGACAGAGGGAGGUGGGCGCGCUUGGUGUUGGGAUGAAAGUGAAGUUGUCGAUGGGCUAAUUCCCAUUGGCACACCCAAAUGCCUUGGAGUCGAGCUACCUCUCAUGGACAGGUUCAAGUGUACUUCGACUGGUGGCUUAAAGAUAGUUUACAAAGGCGGCGCCGUUGUGAGAUCAGACUUGGAGAUAUUUGAUGGCUCGAUUAAUUUGGGCUCCAUUCCAUGCGACGAAAUAAUUCCACAAAAGGAUGUUCUUGAGCGUCGUGUAAACUCGUGUGGAGUCGUGAGAUAUCGCGUUCGAUUUCAAUCUCUUGAAGGUUGGAUCAGUAGCAAAAUCCGAGGUGGGAAAGAGGAAGCGAUUGUGGCUGUUGUGGAAUCGACGGAGACGAGUGACGAUGAGCUGUCAUCCUUUUCAACGGCACAAGAAUGCGCAGAGGAAUGGCAAGAAGAAUUUAUAGAAAGGGCCAAGCACGAAAAGGAUAGUGUUUCGGGUCUGCCUGACUUCAAAUUGGAUUUUGCUUCUUUCAAGUCUCUGGCAAUCAGCGGGGUAAUUGAAGGUCUAUCACCGGCGGAAUCUGAUUCAUUUUUGUCAAGAGUUUUGAGCGCAAUUAGUGACUUCUCUGAAUCUGGCAGUGUGCUCUGCACCCCAAUUGAUCAUGUAGCAUCCGCCAUAUCAUUCGCACUAGCGUCGUCAACUGGAAAAACGAUCUCUACACCGACGCUUUCAAAGCACGCCAACCAGGCUGCGGCUACGCUGUUUGCUUCUUUGAAUCAACCGCUUCCAUCACUUGACUCAAUUAUGGUCAGGGUUGCCAUGCUUCGGGCUCUGAAUAGACAUGCAAGAGUGGCGCUUCCUUGGCUUUCUGUUCGUCCUUGCCAAGAAAGUUCGGCCAUUCUGGGCGGUAUUCGGGGUCACGGAACGUCGAUUGAUCGAGCUGGGCGCCACUACCGCAGCUCCACCGACGAAAGAUGGCCACAAGUAGAAUCCGUUGCCUCAAGACUACGAGAUCAUCGUGGGUUGCUUUUCUCAAGUGUGAAACGUGACUUACUUCAAAGUAUAACUGAAGUGACCACUACGCCAACUCCACUCUCUCAUGACGAAUAUGAGCUCCCGCGUGAAAUCAGAACAGUCCGGUUAAAUCGACUCAAGGCUCGUCGGGUAAUUGCAACCACUGAUUCGAGUGCAAAGCGCAAGCAUAGUGUCUUUGCGCAGCUUCAGAAUGAAACAAAGAAUUGGGGAGGAGCAGCGCUUCGUCGUGGGUUCGUUGCAAAAGGUCAUGGAGGCCAGAAGAGAGCCUUCAAAGUCAAGCUCAUUGGCGAAGGUGUCAACGACUACUCCGGACCCUAUAGAGAGACGUUCACAGAUGCGUUCUCAGAAAUACUCAACCUUGAUGAUCAAGGUAGUGGUGCGCUUGGAGUCCUCGACGCAACUCCGAACAAUGUGUCCCAGAUUGGGGAAAAUCAGGGUUUGUUUAUGUUCUCAUUAAAUGGAGUUGAUGUUGGUGUUUCAGGUGACGAGAAGAACCCUAUUUCCACCGAAGAAGAACGUAUUUUGGACUCAUUCUCAAGCCUCGCUUUCACUCGUGACGAAAGGUCACGGGAAGUUGAGGAAGCACUUGUGUUCCUCGGCCGCCUUACAGGUACUGCAUUCCGCCAUGGCAUUCCGCUUGAUCUACCACUACCCCUGGAGUCAACAUGGAGAGCCAUUGUCGAGGAACCCACCUCAGAGUCAAGGCGCAUGAACGAAAUAGAUGCAUUGGCGGCAAAUCAAGAACAGGGCACAUUAGGGCGAUCAGCUUUGCUGAAAUGGCAACAGCGGAUGUUGAACUCGUUCGUUGAGGGAUUGUCGAAUGUGAUACCCGUUGAAGUUCUCACUAUUUUGACCGGUGAGGAGUUAAGAGAUAUCAUCUGCGGCAAUCCAGAUAUUGAUGUCGACCUUCUAAAGCGUGUUGUCGAAUACGAGGGCUUUGAAGCAACUGACUCUGUAAUUGAAUACUUCUGGGAGACUCUACGCGAAUUCACCAGUAGCGAGAGAAAGAAGUUCCUUCAGUUUGUCUGGGCGCGAAAUCGCUUACCAAUGAAGGAAAGCGACUUUGAAGCACCAUUCAAGAUUCAACUAGAUAGUUCGGAACAGAACAAAGACAAGGCACUUCCAAGUGCUAGUACUUGUUUCUUUUCGCUGUCGUUGCCCCAAUACAGCAACAAAGAGACAUUGAAAGAGAAACUUCUCUUUGCGAUCAACAAUGUCUCAACUAUGGAGACGGACUUUCAAACUAAUGCAGCCGAGAUCAAUGAAGGCUACCGUGGCUUUUGA